UAAAAAUAGAAAGGACUUUAAAUUUAGAGUAACCAUCUGGAAACUGAACUCAGCCACUCAGGAUCCGAUUGUAGUGUCCCAUGUUACAAGUUCAUGUCUUUUUGAAUCUGAGUUUCAAGUUUAUGUCACAAAAUCAAAUGCCCACAUACCAAAACACCAAUGGCCUCAUCAUCUUCUUCUUCUUCUUCUUCUUCUUCAACUCUCUAUGCAACCAUUGACAUGGGCACAAACUCAUUCAAGAUGAUCAUAAUCCGAGCCUACCCAGAUGGCAAGUUUCUCACCAUUGAUCAUCUCAGACAGCCUGUCGUUCUUGGCCGUGACACCACCGCCGCCACGUUAUCAUCAACCCCAUUUACUCUCUCAGCUCAAUCUCAGCUCAUUGCUGUUGAGGCUCUCAAGAAGUUUCAGAACACGUUGAGAUCAUACAAAAUCUGCAAAGCUCAAAUCCGCUGUGUCGCAACUGCCGCUGUGCGUGAGGCUGUGAAUAAAGGUGAGUUCUUGAAAUGUGUUAGUGAUAUGAUUGGUUUAGAGGUUGAUGUGUUGCCUGGUGAAGAAGAAGCUAGGCUAGUUUAUUUGGGUAUGCUUCAGUUUUGGCCUAUGUAUGACAAAUUGGUUUUGGGUGUUGAUAUUGGUGGUGGUUCUACUGAGUUUGUGAUUGGGAAGCAGGGGAAAGUUGUUUUGGGGGCUUCAUUGAAGUUGGGGCAUGUUAAUUUGACCCAGAAAUUUGGGAACAAUAAAGAAAAUGUUGAUCAGAUUAGGGAUCAUGUUAGGUUGGUAAUUAAAGAAUCUGGGUUGAUUAGAAAGAUCAAAGAUUGUGGCUUUGAAGUUGUUGUUGGGUCCUCUGGUACUAUUAAAGCAGUUGAGAAGGCGGUGUUUAAUGGGUAUGUGAAUAAGAGUAAUGUGGCUUCUUUUGGGGAUGGUAGGAAGGAUUGGAGGUUGAGUAGAGGAGAAGUGAAGGGUGUUGUUGAGAGUUUGUGUUGUGGAGGAGAGGGAGAGAAGAAUAUGAGAGAAAAGUUCUUUGAAAGGCGGUCUGAGUUUAUUGUUGCCGGGGCUGUGUUGUUAGAGGAGAUAUUUGAGGUGCUUGGAAUUGAGGAAAUGGAGGUUUCUGGUUAUGCAUUGGCAGAAGGUGUUAUUGCAGAAAGUUUGGCUAAGGUUUAUGGUUGUUAUGGUUUGAAGGCCAAUGCUAGAUGGUCGUCCAUUGUUCAGCUUGCGAUGAGGUAUAAUGGCAAGAAAAGGAUGAAAGCUGCUGCUCAGUGUGCUAUCAUUGCAAAGGAUAUAUUUGAAGGUUUGAUAAAAUGUGAUGACCUAGCUGAUAAUCAAUUAGCUGCUUACCUAGAUGACAAGGAUCUUGAAUAUCUUGAAGCUGCAAGUUUGUUACACAAUGUUGGGGUUUUCCUAGGAAAAAAAGGUUACCAUAAGCACUCUUAUUGUAUAAUCAUGAAUGGCGAGCAUCUCCAUGGUUACAGUUCUGAGGAGGUUAAGCUGAUAGCACUACUGGCAAGACAUCAUAGGAAGAAAUUACCAAGCUUUGAUCAUCCUACCUUUAAUCAGUUUCCAGGAGAGAUCACAAAGAAAUUCAGAUUUCUAUGCGCAAUUAUCCGUGUUUCUGCUGUGCUACAACAGAUGGAAUUCUCAAAUUCCUAUGAAGGGUUUGAACUGUGUCCCUUGGUGCACAUUAACUCUCUGUUAUUAUCAGGUAAAAUGUGGUGUCGAGAAUCAAGCUUCUUUACACGUUUUCAACCCACUAGCUGAGGAUAUUGAAGCCGAAUUAAGACAAGAAUUGGAAUACUUCAAGCUGGUAGUCUGUAAAGAGCUGCUCAUCAUGGCUCCUUCAACUGUUCCAGUUCCAAGAGAUACGGACAUUUACACAUAAGAUGUCGCUCGGUGUGUUGCAAACGCUCCUAUGACAUUUGGCACACUGAAGGAUCAUUGCUGCCCGUAAAUCAUUGAACCUGUAUUCCUUUUGAAAUUUGGCCAGCAAGGUUAUCCUAGUAAUCAGACAGCACAUGACAUUACCAUUACACAGCAAGUGUACACCAUGGAAGGAUGGUUGCCCAAGGGGAAGGAAAGCUUUCAUAAGCAAUUGGCAUAGGUCAUCAUGGGUCCUUUUCUGUCGUUGCUGCGUGUUUUAUCCAAGCAAUUUGGGAUUAAUAGAGUUGGUUUUAAGUUUAGCAGAAAGAGUUGUAACGCCUUUUUAGUUUUAAUGCAGAUGUAACAGAUUGAGUUUAUGUACAGGUGAAUACAAAAAGAUCAUUUUGUAUUAAGAGUCAGUUUUGUAGUGGUUGAUAUUAGCACAUCAUACAUGAAGCAAUUGCAAAAUGUAUUCACUUCAUGUCUAGUCAAGAUCUCACUGUGUCUGGAAGCGGUUGUACCCU